AUGACAAGUCCGCUAAUUCAACCUUCUUAUAAGCGCGUCGACGGUCGCGACUCAGAUCACGCUACCGAGACCAACACCACCACCGGGUUGCGGUUACCGCCUCAAGAGCAGAAUUUGGAGAACGAUAUGUGCAACACCAAGCAUACGCACCUGAAGCGUCGAUCAACACAAGUUCCCCUCCAAGGACCAGCGGCGUUACUUUCCAUCGCUCUCCUCACAGGCGCCGCGGUAGGCGUGCUGCUUGCGAGCCGUGGUUCACCAAUUGAGCGUUGGAAGUUAAAGAAUGUAAACAUCCAACCUCAAGUAUGGCUCUCAAUCCUGUCAGCAAUCAUGGACGGAUUGACCAUGUUUGCGUUGGCAAAAGCGGCCGAGAUCACCUUUUGGCGCAGAGCAGCCCGCGGUACCACGUUACGUAGUAUGUACAACCUUUACGAGUCACAAUCUAUUCUAGGUGCGCUCAAGAACAUCCUCUGUCUAUGCGGCGAUAAACUGGCUGCCGUGUCGGUGCUUUGUCUCGUGUCAGCCUUACGAGGGCCGCUAUUUCAGCGAGCAUCCAUGAUUGACGGCAAUGCUAUGCUGAACACAACUGGAAGUCUGGGAAUCAAGGUCGCUCAACUUGUGCCGCCGAAUUUCUUGUUUCAAGGCUCAAUUGGGGACCGAUUGCUCUUUGACGGGGUGUAUGAUGCUUACGUGGAGCGAGCCCCCAUAAGCAUACGCGUCACGGGCAAUGAAGAAGCUUGUGGCGAUCAUUGCGAGAGUAAAGUCAAACUGAUGCAUUUCAGGGGCUACGGUUUCAAAAUAUGGUGUUCAGAUGUAUCCUUCAUCCCAUGGGACAACUCGCCAAACAGUACCGUCAUACAGAUGUACCAAGACCCCGAAAAUCAGAUUGGGAGUGCUGUACCAGCCUUCAAUAGCUCAGCCGUUCUGGCAAGCGGUAUGGAUGAUUCAAUAUCCAAUCGCUCGGACAACACGGAUCGCAACGCGAAAAUAGCCACAGAACAUAAAGGCAUAUUCCAAGUUACUAAUUUAUUCAAGUCUGAACCCAUCUGUGGUGGAGAUCUCUCGCUUCGCAAAUGCUCGCUGCACCACGCCGUUGUUGAGUAUGACAUUGCUUUAACCAACGGCACCAUGAGCUUGAGGAGUGAAAACUGGCAGGACGACAAAGUGUUGUUCGAGACGCCAACCUGGCAUCUUCCCACUCCUCCGUUUCCUACAAUCUUCGACAACCCCGCGUACCCCUGGAGCCCGUCCGAACACUGGGUCUCGUGGUACAUGGCGGAGUUCAACGAGGAGAUAUCGAUAUACUCGGAAGGUGACGGCGGUCCGUUUGCAGGCGCAAAUAUCCGUCUUUCGCUCGCUAAGCGCUUCAUCGAUGGCGACAUCAACAACGUCAGCUGCAGCACCACUUUUAGAGAUCCAACCCAGUUCGUACUCAACAGGCUACGCGAGAUUGUGUUCCGUACCGCCGUCGCCGCAGCUGCUGUUGCCGACUCUGUGCUUCUCUUUGGAAACGCCGAACUUGCUGAACAAGCCCUAUCGCGCACUCAAAAUUGGACACAGAACAUUGACGUUAUUGGCCAGAGACACUUUGUUGCUUAUACUAUGAAUACUACAUAUCUAGUAUGCGCGGUUAUUGUCAGUCUUCUUGCGGUCGUAGCCAUUCUACCGCUUUAUUGGGACGCAAAGGGCGAUAUAGUGGUUCUACGCUCGUUCAAUCCUCUGGACGUUGCGCACGUGUUUGGUGCACCAAUUCUUCGGGAUCUGAAUGAGGCAGAUGUAAGAAGUUACGUUCAAAAAGAGGAAGGACUCAAGAGAGUACGGUGUUCAGUCGAACAGUCAGAGAGCAGUGAGGAUGUAGGGCUUGUGAGAGUGAUGACUAAGGGUUGA